ACUAAGUCGAUUGUCCUGUCACAUGGUUUCAUUAGCUUACCCUGCUUGUCACUGUGCUGUCUCUUGUCUGUAAAAGUGAGGGGACUGUGGACGUGGCAUUCCUGUGCAUAUGUGCAUAUGGCAUGUGAUAGCUCCUACACUGUGGUUAUCGUCCCUCUGCAGAACAGCCUGUACAGCUCGGACGCUCUGCGAUUUUUCCACUGGCUGAAGAGACUGCAUGCUCUGGAGAGAGAGAAGGACAGUCUGUGGAUUGGACUGGAGGUCUUGGAACAGGCUCGAUUUUGGUAUCAAUACCAGCUUGAUCGAGUCAACCAGAGGCAUGAAAGGAUCGGGAUGAGGAAACAUGAUGAAGAAGAAGAGGGCUGGUCAUGUGCAUUACGCUCUGCUAUGCAGCGUGUGAAUGGAAGUCUGGGAAGUUUGCUGAACAAUGCAUAUGUGUGUAGGGCAGUCCCUGAUGAGAAAGAAGGCUCAGACUGGUUUCUGCGCUGGACCAAUGCCACACUUACCCAGGAGGUGAGUCAAAAGAAUGACAGGAUUUCCAUGUUGGAGUUUGAGAAAGAGCUACUCAUUCAACAACAAAAGAAUGAAAUAAACUUGUGAGCUCCGAAGAGACAAUUGUACUCCGUCACUAACUAUGUAAAAUGUCCUUAAAUGAGCCUUUGAAUGUGUCUAAAGUCUAUGGUCUUAUUUAAGGUUACAGUUUGUAAAUAUUUGUAAAAAAAUUGCACAUAGGAUGAUAGCAAUCAUUUAAUGUAAUUUACAUAUUUUUUUUGUUACUUUAUAUAAUCAGAUGGUGUCUCUUUGCUAAUGUGACUUUUUCAAAUCAACUUUUUUUUUAUGUCCAGGGGUAAUGCAUCCCCAUCUAAUUUGAUUUCUCAGCUGAUGUUUUUUUUUUUUUUUACUUAAACUGGAACAUUAUGUUUUUGCUUAAUAUUUUAUACUUGACUUUACUGUAAUAACUCACAGCUGGGUCUUUGUAACCUGAGAUUA